AUGAGUACUGAUACUAGUGAUGAUACAGUCGUUGUUCAUCUUCAAAUUGAUGAUAAUACAUCGUUGAAUGAUAUUAAAUCUAGGUCGCCGGAUUUUUUAUCUCAAGGUGUGUGGACUUGGAACAAAAUCUUAUUUGUUGGUUUAAUUGCUUUAUGUAUCAUUGGUAUUAUUCUUGCUCUCUUAUUCCUGAUCAUCGGAAAGAAGUUCAACAAAAACAAACGAACACAAGCAUCUGGUUCAACUACGACAACGAAAAGUGUAGUCACUUCAAAUGUUGCAGCAGGUGGAAGAUAUGAACCAGUGCGAAAUGUUUAA